AUGGGAGCCCACAUAGCCGAGACGUUAUCCGAGAAAAGCAUCACAGACUCGAAGGAAGAGAACCAGCCGGGAGAAUCCAUUGAUACUGAAUAUAACAAAGAAGACCUCGAGAAUGCUCUUCCACCCCCAAAACGAUACCCAGAAACCGAUCUGAGCCGAGGCAUCGUCGGCUGGGACGGGCAAGAUGACCCCCACAACCCCCAGAAUUUCACGGCUCCUCGAAAAUGGGGCCUAUUGGCAUUGACCAGCGCUAUCACAUUUGUGUCCCCUCUUGCAUCGAGCAUGUUCUCGCCCUCUGUGAGCUAUGUCGCCGUUGAUCUAGGCGUGACUAAUACGACCCUGCUCUCGUUUAGCAUCAGCAUCUACAUCUUAGGCUAUGCAUUCGGUCCAUUGGCACUAGCACCCUUGAGCGAGGUGUACGGGCGUCGAAUCAUCCUCAGCUGUGGAAAUUGGUGGUUUGUCAUCUGGCAAAUCGGAUGUGCACUGGCGCCAAACCUGACCUGUUUGAUCAUCUUCCGCUUCUUCGCUGGCAUCGGGGGCUCCGCAUGCCUGACCCUGGGCGCCGGUGUCAUUGCAGACCUUUUCCCCAUUGAGCAGCGAGGCUUAGCGACUGCUAUUUGGAGCUCUGGUCCAAUGAUCGGCCCGGUGGUGGGUCCCAUCGCAGGGGGCUUUAUUGGGGAGACAAUUGGCUGGCGAUGGGUCUUUUGGGUGCUGUUGCUCGUCUCGGCGGUGGUGUCGACGGGAAUUGAGGCCCUCAAUCGAGAGACGUAUGCUUCUGUUCUGAUCCGAUGGAAGACUGUGCGGCUGGCCAAGGAGCUAGGCCGUCCCGACCUCCGAAGUGCUUAUGCUCCGGAUGGAGAGGAUGUCUCAGUUGUGACUGAGCUUAGACACGGCUUGACGCGACCAAUUCUCCUGUUCGGCAAGUCGCCCAUCGUAUUCUUGCUCUCCACUUAUAUGGCUCUCGCGUAUGGUCUUCUGUACCUGUUCUUCACUACAAUCCCGACCGUCUUCAGGGACCAGUAUGGGUUCUCCACUGGCUUGUCAGGAUUGGCAUUUGUGGGGAUAGGGGUUGGGUUUUUUCUGGGGAUGGGUCUGGUGGCAUCCACCAACGACCGGCUCGUUGUCAAACUGACACAGCAGAACGGAGGCCAAUUCCAACCUGAGAUGCGACUACCGAUGAUGAUCUUCUUCGCUUGUUUCUUACCUAUUAGUUUCUUCUGGUAUGGCUGGACUGCCGAAAAGCAUGUCCAUUGGAUCGUCCCGAUCGUCGGGACGGUGCCCUUUAGUUUCGGCAUGAUGGGGAUUUACUUGCCCAUUCAGACGUAUGUCAUUGACUGCUACCCUGGCUAUGCGGCGUCAGCCAACGCCACGCUAACUGCCAGCCGGUCAUUGGUGGGCGCACUGCUCCCUCUGGCGGGGCCACAAAUGUUCCAAACUUUAGGGCUUGGAUGGGGGAACACGCUGUUGGGCUUGGUGGCGGUGGCCUUUAUUCCUGUGCCAAUCAUAUUUUCCCGGUAUGGGCAGGCUAUUCGGGAGAGAUACCCCGUGGAGCUUAGGUAG